AAAUUUUCCUCAAGGAAGUUCUUCAGAUAGAUGGCAGGUACGUGCACCAUAGGUGCGCCUUUACAAAUUUGACUUUUCACUACUUAUCUAUAGUAAGAUGACAAUAGAAGCGGAAGAAGGAAGAAAUAUACGUGUCCUGAAAUCACAGUAUACACGCAUCUCGAGAGUCAAAUCCAGGUAGUGGUAAAAUACAUUUUAAAGCUCAUGGAAGAAAAACCAGUUCCGAAACCCAGAACCAAAGAGCAGAUGGCGGGAGGGAGAGCAAAGAGAGUGAUGCCGGAAGCAAUGGUCUUUUCUCACAACUGGUCCUCUUUUCAUGGUCGAUCCCAUCGGCGCAGGUCCUCUGAACCUUCCAUCAAAAAAGAACACCUUCACGGAAUCCGAAAAUCUCAACUCCAUACUCUUCCAUCUUGUCCGGAGCACCCUAGUUACAGGUAUGACCAGUACUGUCAGCAGUGUGAGGUACCGGCAUGCCCCGGUUGUGUCACUUCCGGUUUACAUAGAGGCCACGAUGUGCAAAAUAUCUCCAACGUGUUCGAUCUAAUGAGAGAGAUUGUGCAGAAGGACACACAGGAACUAGAUAUGUUCAUCUCGCCGUUUUACGACACAGUUAUGUCUGAUAUUAAAACGACGCACAAAAUCGUGGUAGCCAAACACCAGGAGAGGAAGAAAAUGAUCGUAGAGGUAGGAAAAAAUCUGCAUAAAAUCGUCGACAAUAUCACGCAGAGAUACUUGAAAGAUGAGAACGAAAUGGAGGCGGAUGACUUAAAGCAAAUACAAUCUUUGGAGAUGAGGUUUCUAAGGCUGCGAAACCAAGUGCGCAUGACCGUAGAUGAAAACCACCAGAUACUUACUAAUAAUGACUUUACUAAAUUCAUCGGCCAACUUCUCAAUUACACGUCCAAAAACCAGCAUUUCCGAGAUGUUCCGGAAAGGUUUGAAAUGGUUGUCGCGGAUUUCAAUCCAUCAAUCCCAGAAGAAGGCGAACUGUGUGAAAUAAUUGGAAGUCUGGGUAUCACCAAGACGAAAUCAAUUGACCGAUAUCGAUUACCAAUUCUAAGGAAAAUUACCGACAAGAGUCACAAAACUGCAAGCAGUUCACAUUCUUACCAUCUACUAGGAAAGAUACGGACUGGAUUCACCCGCACUGCACGAGUUUCGUGUUCUCAGGAUGGAGACCAACUGUAUGUGUGCGGCGAUAGUAAAGUUAUCAAACAUUUUAGUAAGGAGAAAUUCGAGCUUAUCGAAGAAGUUCAAACCUUAACGGGAAACGAACCAUUUGAUAUAACAGUCACGAAAGAUGGAGUGCUGGUGUACACUGAUUGGGAGGAUGGUAGUAUAAAUAUCGUGAAAGGUGGUAAGGUGGAGGGCCUGGUUAAACUGACAGAAUGGAAACCCCAGGCCAUCUGCUGCACCUACACCAACGAAUUACUUGUCGCAAUAAAAAUGGCGGAUCACACUCAGAGUAAGAUUGUCCGUUACCAUGACUGCAAAGUGACACAAGAAAUCCAAUACAACGAUAGCAGAACCCCUCUGUACGCCAACCCAGCUUUUGUUGAGGAAAACAAAAACUGUGAUAUCAUCGUUAGUGAUUGGACUAAUCAGGUGGUUGUCGUGGUAACGAGAUUGGGCAAAUUCCGGUUUUCUUAUACCGGCAACUUACAGACCAGCAAAAAUAAAAAGUUUAAUCCGUUUGGUCUUGCCACCGAUAGUCAGAGUCACAUUUUGAUCUCGGACUGUGAUAAUUUUGUGGUGCACCUUAUAGAUAAAAACGGUCAGUUUUUGCAUUAUAUUGAGGGUUGUCAUUUGCAAUAUCCAUGGGGACUUUGUAUUGACAAAUCCGAUGUAUUGUUCGUGGCGGAAUGCUACUCGAAUGACGUCAAACGAAUCCAGUCUCAGAAAUAAUGCUACGUUUGAUUUCAAUAUAGAUGAUCUCUGGAAUUUUGCAGCAACAGUGGUUAGCAGUAUUUAGAUUUCAAAAGCAAUUACGUAUGGAUGUAUGGUAAAAUCAAAAUGCGAAGACGUGCACGUGACCUUAUGACUUCAAAAAAUAUCAUAUUUGAUACAUGUAUAUUAAAUCCUUAAAAAUUA